AUAACGCGGCGUCUGUAAACGGCUUGGCGGCUUUCAAUUCUAGUGCGCUUUAGAUGUUAAACGCUGCCGUUUUUUGUGAUUUGUUUGCUUGGUUGUCCUCCGCUCGGAAUUCUCCCCGACCCGUCUGCCUGGUGGUGAACACUCUGCGAAAACCGCAAAGGGAAACGUGAUGUGCGAGGGCGUCGUGCGAAACGGACAGUGAAUGUUUGACGACGCUAUUCAACCAGCUGAAUAUUACAUUAGCCCGCCUUAUUAGACAGGCAAUCUAGACUGUGUAAGAAGGCACUGCACGAUAUGAUGCGGGUGUGGCAAUGUUCCUUUCAAGACUGCUCCGGGUGUCUUGUCAUGAGACAAAUGCUUCGGCACACACAUCCAAUGGUGUGGUUCAGAGAGGAACUAGGGAAGAAAUAAUAAUGAAGAGUGUCAAGAACUGUAAGACUCAAUCGUCCCUUUGACAAAGCAACAUAUACACGAGUAACAUAAAUAAAUAAAGGUUUAUUUACACACAUACCACACACCGCAAGUUCAAAUUAACUAGAAAGAGCAAAAUGGCCACGAACACCCAAAACAACUCGGUCGACAUCGACCAACGUAAAUUCUUCGUCGGCGGCAUGACGCCCGACACCACCGAAAACGACAUCAUCCAAUAUUUCAGCAAGUUCGGCGACAUCGAAACGGUACGGCUCAAGGUCGAUCAGAUGACCGGCAAGUCGAAGGGCUUCGCCUUCCUCAUCUUCUCGACCAUGGAGGCGGUUUCGGCCGUGCUCGCCAAAUGCGAUCACUCGAUUAAGGGCAAGAAGGUGGACGUGCAGAGGGCGAAGCUGCGCGAGGGCAAGCUGUUCGUCGGCGGCAUCACGCCCGACAUGACCAACGAGGAGCUGACCAAGUACUUUGAGCAGUACGGCAAAAUCGUGAAGACGGAGUUCCCGUACGACAAGGUGCGCGGCCAGAGGAAGAACUUCUGUUUCAUACUGUACGAGUCGGAGACAACGGUGAACAAGAUCGCGAAGCGACAGAAGCUGACGAUCAAGAACAAGGAAGUGGACGUGAAGAAGGCGACGGCCAACCAGCCGCCCAGCAAUGGGUUCUUCGGUGGACCGCCGAUGCCUCCGCCGCCGGCUGCUAGAGGGGGUUUCCAGAACGGAAACUCGUUUGGACGCAACUUUGGGCCGGGCAACAACUUCCCCAAUAACUUUGCCGGUCGUGGGCGUGGAGGUUUCCGUGGUGGAAGAGGUGGCUUCCAGAAUGGAGGGUUUAACAGGUCGAGUGGCGGCGGAGGAGGUUUUGGGCCGAAUCAGUUCGACAAUGACGAUGGGUACGGCAACAAUCAAGGAGGAGGAUUCGGUGGUGGCAAUCAAGGAGGAGGAUUCGGUGGUGGCAAUCAAGGAGGAGGAUUCGGUGGCGGCAAUCAAGGAGGAUUUGGUGGCGGCCACCAAGGAGGAGGAUUCGGGGGAGGUAACCAAGGAGGUUUCAACAAUGGUAACCCGGGUUACGGAGGAGGAAACAAUUCCGGAUUCGGCCCCAGCAACAACGGAUUUGGGGGCAAUAAUCAAGGCUUUGGCCCGAACGGAAAUCAAGGAGGUGGCUUUGGUGGCAAUCACCAAGGAGGCUUUGGUUCCAACCAAGGUGGUGGCGGUGGUUACGGCGGAAACUCCGGGGGUUAUGGACCCAACGGUAACCAAGGUGGUUUCGGUGGUAAUAACCAAGGGUACGGUGGUAACAGAAAUCAAGGGUUUGGAAGCAGCGGUUUCGGCAAUCAACGGGGGUACAACCAAAGGUUCCAACCGUAUUAAUUUAUUUUCUUGACUUAACAAUCAUUUUUAUUGUGUAUGUUCGUAAUUGAAUUCUUAAUUGUAUUUUUAUUGCUAAAUAAACGACGGUAGUAUUAAGAAA